AGGGACAAAAUCAAUUUCCCAAAAUAAAAUGCCUAGCAGUUAAUUCGCUACCCUUCGCAGUCGCUUGUCUAUCAGUACUUAAACUAGUAGUCAGGAAGUGAGGAAAAGGGAGAAAGAUUCUCUCUUGCUAUGAAAAAUUCUCUAUCUAGAUGGAUAAACAGUCUCCCAAAAAAACACACAAUCUUUCUCUAUUCGCAGAUAAUUUAGAUGGAGACGUAAACGAAGCGUUUCCCUAAUCAGUCGCCAGAAGACGAUCGAACCGGGAACAAACACCCCCCCUCCCCCCCCAAAAAAAAAAAAAGCCCUAGGUUUUCUCGAUCGGCGAUGGAGCCGCAGCAGCUCACCAGAUACAUCCCUCAGCAAUCUAAGAAAAGAGUGUUCCCUGAGAGUAGUUCGUCGUAUAUGGAUCAGGAGGUGGUUGAAAUCUCUCCACCCUCGUCGUGGAGUUCGAAACCCAGAUUGCUCAAGCAAAAGGAGAUAAUUCAACACGAAGUAAUUGAUAUAGACAUGGAUGAAGAUUCGGAUGAUAUUAUGUUCAUUGAUGAGAAAAUUGGCGCAAAUAACAAACGAAAGGAAGCUUUGGCCAUUUCUUCUGGAUCAGUGGCUGGAGUUGAGUCUUCUAAGAAGAGCUCUGUCUCAGUUCUGGAUACUUCUCUUAAUCUAGAAGGUUUCAGUAACGAUUUUUCUUAUUCCUAUGAUGAUUAUAUGGAUAGCGUAAAUUAUGUACAGAAUGAUGACAAUUAUGCGGUUCUGCAAGCCCAUUUUGAUACCAUAGAUAUUCCUCCUGGAGUUGAGGCUCCGAUUCCUUGGUUCUCUAAUCCUACCCCGAAUGAAAAGAAUAGUGCUGCUAUGAAGAGUUCAAAUUGUUGGACAGACUCGUCUCAUUCUUGGGGUUUGCCUGAACCUGCGAAGCCUGGAAAAACGUCAGCUUCCUUGAGCAGUUCAAGUUUGAAAACCCGUAUGAACACUCGGAGUCAACCUAGGUGGGUGCCUGUGCCUCCAUCUUCAUCCUAUGCUGAAUCUGCUCAGAAUAAGAAGAAAUCAGCUGCUUCAACUAGUUUGACUUCUGGGAAAUCUCAAAUGGAGAGGGCUACUGCAAAUUUUCCAAGUCGAUUUAAAUCCAUUAUGGAAUAUAGUAAGAAGAAACUCUCUCUUUCUGGCAGUAACUAUGCUUCAAAUAGCCGAUUGGACGCUAUGCAGCCGCCCUCUGGAAUGGAAUCUUUUCAGGGGCCUUAUCUUCGCAGCAGACGUAAUAAGCCAGUUGAUAAUGGUGAUGUAAUUGAUGCAAAGUUUCCCGCAAAGGACACAAUGAGUCUUCCUCCUGGAGUAGAUCCAUAUAUGUCUGGGUGGCAACGCUAUGAUGGGUUUAUGGACAAACCGUCUCCAAUGGGUAGUGGUAUCCAUAAUUCAUCACAUAGUCCUUUCACUUCUGGGGAAGCAUUUUAUGCCCCCUGGGUCGAGGAUUUUGCUUACAGUCAAAUGAGUCCAACUGCUGCUGGGAAAGAAUUUUAUGGCCCGUGGGUCCAGAAUCUUGCUAAUAGUCAAAAGAGUCCAACUGCUGCUGGGAAAGAGUCGUAUGCCUCCUGGGUCCAGGAUCUUGCUUCCAGUCAAGAGAGUCCAACUGCUGCUGGGAAAGAGUCGUAUGCCCCCUGGGUCCAGGAUCUUGCUACCAGUCAAGAGAGUCCAACUGCUGCUGGAAGUUCAACAGUGCCACCUGUUGCAACCUCUCCAACUGAGAGUCAUGGUAAUGAUGAUGAUAUUCUGAAGAAGUUCCAACUUUUUAAAAAGUUUGAUAUGGUUCAAGAUCAUUCUGACCAUUAUCAUUCUUCCAAAGGUUCUUCAUCAAAGCAGCCCUCAAAGAGUUGGGCAAAGAAAAUACAGGAUGAGUGGAGGAUCCUGGAGAAAGAUUUGCCAGACACGAUAUUUGUCAGGGUUUAUGAAUCAAGGAUGGACCUUUUGAGAGCGGUAAUUGUAGGAGCUGAGGGGACUCCCUACCAUGAUGGUCUCUUCUUCUUUGAUAUUUUCUUCCCAGCCGGGUAUCCAAGUGUCCCUCCGCUUGUGCACUACCAUGCUGGUGGUCUUCGACUCAACCCAAAUUUGUACGCCUGUGGAAAAGUAUGCCUGAGUCUUCUCAAUACCUGGAGCGGUAGCCAGAAUGAAAAGUGGAUCCCCGGUGUAUCAACCAUGCUACAAGUUCUGGUGUCUAUACAGGCUCUGAUUCUGAAUGAAAAGCCCUACUUCAAUGAACCUGGUUUUGCACAUUCGAGUGGGACUCCUAGUGGAGAAAAGAGCUCCCAGAGCUAUAAUGAAACUACGCUGAUUCUGUCACUGAAAACAAUGGUUUAUACCAUGAAGAAGCCACCAAAGCAUUUCGAGGACUUGGUUCUUGGACAUUUCUGCAAGCAUGCUCAAGAUAUUUUGGCAGCAUGUAAAGCAUAUAUGGAAGGUGUUCAAGUGGGAUGUCUGGCCGGGGGAGGUGUUCAGGAUGUUGAUGCAGGUAGCAAGAGCUGCUCAACACUGUUCAAGAGUAAUUUGGCUAAGUACAUCACAGUGCUUGUUCAGACAUUUUCACUAAUUGGGGCAAAGGAUUGCGAGAAGUUCCUUUCCCUUGCCAAGAAGGGAUCCCCAGACUUGCCUCGUAAUUAUUACUGAUCUCCCAUGAAAAAGCAAUUUUGGGACUUCAGUUAUUGUUUUGGAUGUAAGACAUUUAUGGGAAUUAGGUUUCAAGUUUUUUGUCCAGUACUUAGGCCUAAAACAGUGGGGUUUGUAGCCUAGGAUGGCUCAGUAUAUGUAAAUCAGGAUUAUGUAAAUAGGUGAAUAGGUGGUGAUAAGAUAAUGAUAUGAAUGGUGUUUACAGCUUAAUUCU